GAAAUAUUCUUAAGAGCACCACCUGUUGGUGCAUAAACAAGGAUUAUGAAACGAAAAGGUUAUAAAAUGAUCUUCAUUAGUGUUCUCUGCAAUUUGUGAGAAAAACGAACAAAGCGAUGAAGUGGAUUUUUGGAGUUGUUUGUUUAACAGCCAGCUUGGCUGCUGUGUCUGCCACAUUCUGCAAAAAUGAAGAUGACUGUAAGCCAGGUUUCUGCUGCGUUGGACUGACCACUAGUCAGAUGAUGAACAAAGGAUUGUGCCUCAGACUUACCAGAGAAAGAAGACAAUGCAGUGAGCCAGAAUCCAAAAAUGAUUAUUUUGGUGGGAAAUUCACUCGUUACUGUCCAUGUGUCGAAGGGCUGGUUUGUGAGCCAAACAAACCAGGAAUCACAGAUCCCGAGAAGAGAAGAAAGGCUCUUCGAUGUCAGAAACCUUCAGCGACAACUGCUGGCCCAGAUGUCACCACAGCCUCUAAUAUAGUCACAGAUGGGGAAAUAGUGGAUACCACUCGAGGUGAAAUAGUCACAGAUCCCGAAAUCGUUACCGACGACAUUGUUGAUGAAACUCUGCCACCAGAAAUAGUGACCGACGAGGAAACUGAAGCCCCUGAAGAAACCGAAGAACCUGAAGUAGUGGAAACCGAAGAACCUGAAGUAGUGGAAACCGAAGAACCUGAAGUAGUGGAAACCGAAGAACCUGAAGUAGUGGAAACCGAAGAGCCUGAGGAAGUAGUGGAAACCGAAGAACCUGAAGAAGUAGUGGAAACCGAAGAGCCUGAAGAAGUAGUGGAACCUGAAGAGCCUGAAGAAGUAGUGGAACCUGAAGAACCUGAAACUCCAGAGGAAGAGGUAGUAGAGGAAGCUGGACAACGCGGGCCUGGUGGAGAACGUCCUAGGACAGAUGAUCCAGAUUGUGAAGACUGGACAUAUGGUUGCUAAAAGGACAUACGAAGCAGAACAGGACCCUGAAAGUGUCACCGAGAGAAUUGUGAUAUUACUGUAAUCAGUGUAAAGGGAUUCCUACAACAAAAUGCAUUUUAACUGAGAGGUUAUAUUGUAAGAUGCAAAUUAUUUGAAAUUUGGCAGAAUAAAAUCGCAGUUUUUCUCUGA